UCUGGGGAGGAGGCUGCUGGGGCCGGGGUGGGGGCGCUCGGAGCCUCCCCUUCCCAGCCCGCCUCAAUGGGGUCGGGAUACCAAGGUGAGCCUGACCCGGGGUGAAGGAGGUGGGGGGAGACGCUCGCCUGCUCCUCCCGGUCCCGCGCCGAUGAGUGUUGGGGCUGCAAAUAGCCGGUGGAAUCGGGACCCCAUGGAGGAGCUGGUGGGGCUGUGUGAGGGCUCCUCUGGGAACCCGGUGGCUCUGCGGGAGCUGUGGGGCCCGUGUCCCCGCCUCCGCCGCGGCAUCCGAGGUGGCCUGGAGUGGCUGAAGCAGAAGCUGUUCCGCGUGGGUGAGGACUGGUACUUCCUGAUGACCCUGGGGGUGCUCAUGGCCCUGGUCAGCUAUGCCAUGGAUCUUGUCGUUAACAGUGUGGUCCGAGCGCACAAGUGGCUGUACCGGGAGAUUGGGGACAGCCACCUGCUCCGGUACCUCUCCUGGACCGUGUACCCUGUGGCCCUGGUCUCCUUCUCCUCCGGCUUCUCCCAGAGCAUCACGCCCUCCUCGGGAGGUUCUGGAGUCCCAGAGGUGAAGACCAUCUUGUCGGGGGUGGUCUUGGAAGACUACCUGGACAUCAAGAACUUCGGGGCCAAGGUGGUUGGCAGCUCCUGCACCCUGGCCUCGGGCAGCACCCUCUUCCUGGGCAAAGUGGGCCCCUUCGUGCACCUGAGCGUGAUGAUUGCAGCCUACCUGGGGCGCAUGCGCACCAAGACCAUCGGGGAGGCAGAGAACAAGAGCAAGCAAAAUGAGAUGCUGGUGGCAGGGGCGGCGGUGGGCGUGGCCACGGUCUUUGCAGCCCCCUUCAGCGGCGUCCUGUUCAGCAUUGAGGUCAUGUCUUCCCACUUCUCCGUCUGGGAUUACUGGAGGGGCUUCUUUGCCGCCACCUGCGGGGCCUUCAUGUUCCGGCUCCUGGCAGUCUUCAACAGCGAGCAGGAGACCAUCACCUCCCUUUACAAGACCAGCUUCCCGGUGGACGUCCCCUUCGACCUGCCGGAGAUCUUCUUCUUCGUGUUGCUGGGGGCCAUCUGCGGCGUGGCCAGCUGUGCCUACCUCUACUGCCAGCGCACUUUCCUGGCCUUCACCAAAACCAACAAACUCAUCUCCAAACUGAUGGCCACCAGCAAGCCUCUGUACGCAGCCUUGGCAACCACGGUUCUGGCCUCCAUCACCUACCCCCCUGGAGUGGGCCGCUUCAUGGCUUCUCGGCUGUCCAUGAGGGAGCAUCUGGACACGCUGUUUGACAACCACUCGUGGGCGCUGCUGACCCGCAACUCGUCCCCACCCUGGCCUGCGGAGCCCGACCCCCAGCACCUGUGGUGGGAAUGGUACCACCCCCGCUUCACCAUCUUCGGGACCCUCGCCUUCUUCCUGGUUAUGAAGUUCUGGAUGCUGAUUCUGGCCACCACCAUCCCCAUGCCCGCUGGCUACUUCUUGCCCAUCUUCAUCAUUGGAGCUGCCAUCGGACGCCUCUUAGGGGAGGCCCUCUCCGUCGCCUUCCCUGAGGGCAUCGUGGCUGGAGGUGUCAUCAACCCCAUCAUGCCUGGUGGCUACGCCCUGGCAGGGGCUGCGGCCUUCUCAGGCGCGGUGACCCACUCCAUCUCCACGGCGCUGCUGGCCUUCGAGCUGACCGGACAGAUCGUGCACGCCCUGCCGGUGCUCAUGGCCGUGCUGGCGGCCAACGCCAUCGCCCAGAGCUGCCAGCCUUCCUUCUACGAUGGCACCAUCAUUGUGAAGAAACUGCCCUACCUGCCAUGGAUCCGGGGCCGCGUCAUUGGCUCCCACCGCGUGAUCGUGGAGCACUUCAUGAGCCGUGCCAUCAGCACACUGGCCAGGGACGCGGCCCUGGAGCAGGUGGUCAAGGUGCUGACCUCCACGGACGAGGCCGAGUACCCCCUGGUGGAGAGCACAGAGUCGCAGCUCCUGGUGGGCAUCGUGAAGAGGGCCCAGCUGGUGCAAGCCCUCCAGGCCGAGGCACCUGCCAGGGCUUCAGGACAGCAGCGCUGUCUCCAGGACAUCCUGGCUGGGGGCUGCCCCAUGGAGCCAGUGACCCUGACGCUGUCCCCUGAGACCUCUCUGCACCAGGCACACAACCUGUUUGAGCUGUUGAAUCUUCAGUCGCUCUAUGUGACGUCCAAGGGCAGAGCUGUGGGCUACGUGUCCUGGGUGGAGCUGGAGAAAGCAAUCUCUGCCCUGACAAACCCACCAGCCGCCAAGUGAGCUGCCCCGCACGAGGAGGCGGGACACCCCUGCCCUGGUGACUGUGGCAUCCAGGAGCCGGCGUCCCUUCUCCAGUCCCGACCGUCCCCACCGCUCCAUCCUAGCUCACCUGCUCGGCGUGGCAGCAGCCCUAACCCAGGCCCAACAGGAGCCCCACUUUCUCCCCGUGCCGUCUUGGGGGACACCAGAUCCUGCCUUGAAGCACGGAGCUCAGAGUGCAAG